CGUGAAGAAGUAGAAGCAUCGAAAAGGGUUGGAGAGGUAUUGCAAGAACCGUGGCGACAGCGGUGUUCCGGAACAAGAGUGGAAAAUCAAUAUAUUUUUAAAGAAAGAAUGUGGGAUCAAGGAGGACAGCCGUGGCAGCAAUGGCCCUUGAACCAACAACAGUGGAUGCAGUCAUUCCAGCAUCAACAGGAUCCAAGCCAGAUUGACUGGGCAGCAUUGGCUCAGGCUUGGAUUGCCCAAAGAGAAGCUUCAGGACAGCAAAGCAUAGUAGAACAACCACCAGGAAUGAUGCCAAAUGGACAAGAUAUGUCUGCAAUGGAAUCUGGUCCAAACAAUCAUGGGAAUUUUCAAGGGGAUUCCAAUUUUAAUAGAAUGUGGCAACCAGAAUGGGGAAUGCAUCAGCAGCCCCCACACCCCCCUCCAGAUCAGCCAUGGAUGCCACCAACACCAGGCCCAAUGGACAUUGUUCCUCCUUCUGAAGACAGCAACAGUCAGGACAGUGGGGAAUUUGCCCCUGACAACAGGCAUAUAUUUAACCAGAACAAUCACAACUUUGGUGGACCACCCGAUAAUUUUGCAGUGGGGCCAGUGAACCAGUUUGACUAUCAGCAUGGGGCUGCUUUUGGUCCACCGCAAGGUGGAUUUCAUCCUCCUUAUUGGCAACCAGGACCUCCAGGACCUCCAGCACCUCCCCAGAAUCGGAGAGAAAGGCCAUCAUCAUUCAGGGAUCGGCAACGCUCACCUAUUGCACUUCCUGUGAAGCAGGAGCCUCCACAAAUUGAUGCAGUAAAACGCAGGACUCUUCCAGCUUGGAUUCGUGAAGGUCUUGAAAAAAUGGAACGUGAGAAGCAGAAGAAAUUAGAAAAAGAAAGAAUGGAACAACAACGUUCACAGUUGUCCAAAAAAGAAAAGAAGGCCACAGAAGAUGCUGAAGGAGGAGAUGGCCCUCGCUUACCUCAGAGAAGUAAAUUUGAUAGUGAUGAGGAAGAUGAAGAUACUGAAAACAUUGAGGCUGCAAGCAGUGGAAAAAUCACCAGAAGUCCAUCUCCAGUUCCUCAGGAAGAGCAAAGUGAACCAGAGAUGACUGAAGAAGAGAAAGAAUAUCAAAUGAUGUUGCUGACAAAAAUGCUUCUGACUGAAAUUCUGUUGGAUGUCACAGACGAAGAAAUUUAUUAUGUAGCCAAAGAUGCACACCGGAAAGCAACGAAAGCUCCUGCAAAACAGCUGGCACAGUCCAGUGCACUGGCUUCCCUCUCUGGACUCGGUGGACUGGGUGGUUACGGAUCAGGAGACAGUGAAGAUGAGAGGAGCGACAGAGGCUCUGAGUCAUCUGACACUGAUGAUGAAGAAUUGCGGCACCGAAUCCGGCAAAAACAGGAAGCUUUUUGGAGAAAAGAGAAAGAACAACAGCUAUUACAUGAUAAACAGAUGGAAGAAGAAAAGCAACAAACAGAAAGGGUUGCAAAAGAGAUGAAUGAAUUUAUCCAUAAAGAGCAAAAUAGUUUAUCACUGCUAGAAGCAAGAGAAGCAGAUGGUGAUCUGGUUAAUGAAAAGAAAAGAACUCCGAAUGAAAAUACGUCAGUUUUAGAACCAAAAAAAGAGCAUAAAGAAAAAGAGAAACAAGGGAGGAGUAGAUCAGGAAGUUCUAGUAGUGGUAGUUCCAGUAGCAAUAGCAGAACUAGUAGUACUAGUAGUACUGUCUCUAGUUCUUCAUACAGUUCUAGCUCAGGUAGUAGUCGCACAUCUUCUCGGUCUUCUUCUCCUAAAAGGAAAAAGAGACAUAGUAGGAGUAGAUCUCCAACAACUAAAGCUAGACGUAGCAGAAGUAGAAGCUACUCUCGCAGAAUUAAAAUAGAGAGUAAUAGGGCUAGGAUUAAGGUUAGAGAUAGGAGAAGAUCUAAUAGAAGUAGCCUUGAAAGAGAAAGACGACGAAAUCGGAGUCCUUCCCGAGAGAGACGUAGAAGUAGAAGUCGCUCGAGGGAUAGACGAACCAGUCGUUCCAGUCGCAGUAGGAGUCGAGAUAGGCGUAAAAUUGAGGAUCAACGUGGAAAUCUUAGUGGGAGCAGUCAUAAGCAUAAAGGUGAGGCUAAAGAACAAGAGAGGAAAAAGGAAAGGAGUCGAAGUGUAGAUAAAGAUAGGAAAAAGAAAGAUAAGGAAAGGGAGCGUGAACAGGAUAAAAGAAAAGAGAAACAAAAAAGGGAAGAAAAAGAUUUUAAAUUCAGUAGUCAAGAUGAUAGGUUAAAAAGGAAACGAGAAAGUGAAAGAACAUUCUCUAGGAGUGGUUCUAUAUCUGUUAAAAUCAUAAGACAUGAUUCUAGACAGGAUAGUAAGAAAAGUACUACCAAAGAUAGUAAAAAGCAUUCAGGCUCUGAUUCUAGUGGAAGGAGCAGUUCUGAAUCUCCAGGAAGUAGCAAAGAAAAGAAGGCUAAGAAGCCUAAACAUAGUCGGUCGCGAUCCAUGGAGAAAUCUCAAAGGUCUGGUAAGAAGGCAAGCCGCAAACACAAGUCUAAGUCCCGAUCAAGAUCAACAACCCCUCCCCGUCGUAAGCGCUGAGGAAUGAUGUGGCAAGAAUGCCAUGAUGUUGUUUUAAAAAAUUCCAUGAGUUUUAAGGGCUUGUCUCAUUAUAGAGGCACAUUGUGGCUGUGUAGGUGAAACCAGAAUUUUUUUUUUUUUUUAAUCUGUAAAUAGGUGUAUUUUUUUCCAAAUGCUGCUCCAAGUUACUUAAUAGGAUUUCUUUGUAUUACAUUUUUUUCAAAAAAUAGUGCAUAAUAAGACUAUAAACAUGCCAUUCUCUUUCAGCUGUAAUGUUCUUAAAAUUAUUCUCGAAUGUACUGUGAUGUCAAUAAAGCUCUUUAGUUCAUUUUUGUUAAACUCUUGCACCGUAAUUUUAUGAUUUUAAUCUAAGGAACGUACUUUUAUAAAAAGGCAGCUGGAAUUUUGUAUAACAGGUUUUAAAGGUACUUCCUCCCACUUCCCCCAAAGAAAACGGUUUUAACUUAGUAGUUGGUCAAAGUUUGUAAAUUGUGCCCAUGGACUUUUGUCAAUUUCUAACUUUAAGGGUAUGGAAGAGGGCCAGAAAUAGACCUUUACUUUUCAUUUGGAAGGAUUUAAUCAGCUUUCUAAAUUUCUUAUUUUGGGGAUUUUCAAGUAAUAUAUUCUCUAUGUGUAUUAAAUAAUGGUUUACUCCUGUAAAAUGAAAUUGCUAGAAUCAAUCAAGCCAGUGCACCAGUAGUUAUUUGUAAUGAAUGAUUGUAUUUGACAUUAAUGGUCAACUCUGGAACUAUAUUUUACAGUUCACUUCUGUUUUACAAGUAUAUUUAAACACCUUGGGGUUACUAUAGAUAAUAGGACUUACAAUUCAGUAUAUUUAUUUAUAUUUUUAAAGUAUAAUAUGACCUCAACUCAGUGGAGAAAUGGUGUUUAUGCAGGUUUGUGUCAAUUACAUAACAUUAAAAUUGUCUGAUUUUUGUCAGUUAA